UACUGGAGCAGCAUGAGGAUCAGCUGCAGGGUUUGGCCUGGAAGGAAGACGGAUCUCUGCUGGCUUCAUCCUGCAAGGACAAGAAGCUGCGUCUCUUCGACCCUCGGGCCCAGCCAUCAGCGGUUCAGUGUGUCCAGGGUCAUCAGGGUAAUAGAGACUCUCGUGUCCUUUGGGUCAAAGAUGACAACUUAAUCACUACUGGCUUUAACCAGAUGAGGCAGCAGGAAGUGAGACUCUGGGACAGCAGGAAGUUGAGCUCAUCUCUUAGCUCGCUGUCUUUGGCCACCUCCAAUGCGACUCUGAUGCCUCUGUUUGAUCCAGACUCUGGACUACUUAUUGUGUCUGGGAAUGGUGAGAGUGUGAUCGACUGUUUCGAGGUGAACAGCAGUGAGCCCUUCCUGUCUCAAGUGAGUCACUGUUUGACGGACGUGUCGACUCGUGGCGUGGCUCUGGUGCCGAAGCUCGCUCUGGACGUCGGCUGCUGUGAGGUUUUGCGUCUGAUGCAGCUCACUGAUAACUUCAUAGUGCCCAUCAGCUACCAGGUGCCUCGCAAGGCAGGACAGGACUUCCAUGCGGACCUGUAUCCGGACACUGUGGGUCACACUCCGGCCAUGACGGCAGAGGACUGGUGGAAAGGAGAGAACAAACAGGUGGAGCGAAUCAGUCUUCACCCAAACAAGAGGCCAAAACCGGCCGCUCCAUCAGCUCAGGAGACAAAACCAAAGGAUCAUCUUCCCCGUGGCAAGAGCAAAGAGGAGGCCUCGACCUCCAGCAGUCCCCUCAGCACCCCCAGCAGCAGUGCCGCCCCGUCCCGCUCCCCGUCCUCCACCAGCGGCCUGUCGUCCGGCUUCCUGCCGAGCCCCAGCCAGAGCUCCCGCGCCAUCCACAGCAUGCUCGGCCCAAGCUCCAAGUUUCGUCACAUCCAGGGGGCCGUUUUGCACCGGGACACUCACAUCACCAACCUGCGCGGGCUUCAUCUGACCACACCAGGAGAAUGUGACGGAUUCUGUGCCAACGGCCAGCGUGUGGCAGUGCCUCUCGCCAUCGCUGGAGGGCAGAUCGCUGUGUUUGAGCUGUCCCAGCCUGGAAAACUGCCGGACACCGCCCUGCCCACCAUCCAGAACUCCGUCAAUGUGGCCGACUUCUGCUGGGACCCCUUUGACACACACAAGCUGGUUGUGGCCGGUGAUGAUGCCAAGAUCCGCGUGUGGCAGAUACCCAAAGGAGGCCUGACCGAAACCCUGACUGAGCCGGAGCGUGUUCUGCGUGGACACACGGAGAAGAUUUACUCCAUCAAGUUCCACCCCCACGCGUCCGGCCUGCUGGCGUCCUCCUCCUACGAUCUCACAGUGAGACUGUGGAACCUGGAGACAGGAGAGGAAGUCAAACGACUCAGCGGACAUCAGGACCAGAUAUUUGGCAUGGCUUGGAGUCCAGACGGGAAACUGCUGGCCACUGUGUGUAAGGACGGAAAAGUGCGACUGUACGACCCACGCAAGUCCACCUUGCCCGUCCAGGAGGGCCCAGGACCUGAGGGCCAGAGAGGGGCCCGUGUAGUGUGGGUCUGUGACGGCAAGUACCUGCUGGUUUCAGGAUUCGACAGCCGCAGUGAAAGGCAGCUGUACCUGUUCUCCGCUGAGUCCUUGGCAUCCGGGUCUGUGGCUUCAGCGCCUGCUGAUGUGUCUCCCUCGACCCUAAUCCCAUUCUAUGAUCCCGACACCAGCGUCCUCAUCCUCACUGGGAAGGGUGACACACGUGUUUAUAUAUACGAGAUCGUUCCUGAAGCGCCGUACUUCAUGGAAUGUAGUAGUUUUCAUUCCUCUGAACCACACAAGGGGUUGUGUUUCCUGCCGAAGGCUGAAUGUGAUGUGCGUGAUGUGGAAGUGGCUCGAGCCAUCCGACUUGGCAAGACCACCAUUGAACCCGUGGCCUUCAGAGUGCCUCGUGUCAAAAAAGAGUUUUUCCAGGAUGAUGUUUUCCCGGAGACUGCAGUGUGGUGGGAAGCAGCUCUGACCGCUGCUGCCUGGCUCUCUGGAUCCAACGGACAGCACCGCAAAAUCAGCAUGCGGCCCAAAGACAUGACGCCCUUGAGUGAAGCACCAAAAGAGGCUCCUGUUAGGAAGUACCUGCCCUCCUCCGUCUAUCUGGAGGAAAAAACGGAUGAACAGAAGAAAGAGGAGUUACUCAGUGCCAUGGUGGCGAAGCUGGGAAACAGGGAAGACCCUCUGCCACAGGAGUCAUAUGAGGGGGUGGAUGAAGACGAGUGGGAUGACUAACACACAAGCCUUGCCUCGCGGUCCAGUCAGGGUGCCAGCAGCAGACAUGGGACGUGCCUGCUGUAUUUGAAUCUUGCCAUUCCAGGGUGCCAAUGUACCUCCGAAACGCUCCUCAUCCCGUCGGCUUCAGCUCCAUACAGCCUGCUGAUUCACUCUCACACACUCCUCCAUCCAUCUUCUAGAUUAUCCACCCGUCAUCUCUCUGCAUUGGUUUAACUGGAGUAUUAAUAUAUGUUAUUAGCGGUUAAAAUGAUUCUUCACA